UCUCUGGCGCGCUGGGGACGACCGUUGCAGGGCGCCCAGGGUCCUGAGGUGGGACCGUCGGCCGCCGACGCCCAACUUUUUCGGCGCUGAGGUACCCGGCCUGGUGGCCUAGGACGUUCCCGUCGCAUGGCGGAGUGCUGCGGACGAUGCCCAUGAAGUCCGUAGUCCUUCUAGUUGCGCUGUUGCUAUGGCCUUCGUCCGUGCCCGCGUAUCCGAGUGAGUGACCGGCCCGAGGCGGCAGGGACUCAGGAGACCUGCCUCAGGGAACCUCAGGGUUCCGGGACCCGCCUGAGUACCCGCUCGUUUUUGCCCCUGGUCCUGCACGCCUUCCAAAUCCCACUGCCCAGGGUCCUGGCCUCCUCUGCCGAGGCAUGACUAUGACACCUGAUGAAGAACAAAACUUGAAUCAUUACGUACAAGUUUUACAGAACCUACUACUAAGUGUUCCCACAAGGGAGCCAGGCCAUGAAAAAAAAUCAGAGCCUCCAAAUAAUGUUUAUUCUAUGGGAUCGAAGGUAUCAAAAUUUAAGGAGAUAAUUACACAUGAUGAAGCUUCAACUGAGAAUGACAUUAUAAGCAACCCUGUCACUAAUGAAGCUACAACUUUCUCUACUAGAGGCUUCACAACGGAAAUAGGGAGCAAAACGCCGACUGAAAGGACACCAUUUUGGUCAAUUAAACCAAACAAUGUUUCUGUUGUUUUACACUCAAAAGAACCUUAUAUUGAAAAAGAAGAGCCAGAGCCAGAACCAGAGCCAGAUGUAAAGCAAACAGAGGCACCAACGUCCUGGCCAAACGUUACUGAAUUACCCACAAGUCCUUCAAGUAGGAGCACUGACUGGGAUACCUCCACAGAACUGGAAGAUGUCCCUCAGCUCUCAGGCGAAUACGAAACACUAGCAUUUGAAAAACACCCACUGAUUUUGAGUAAUGAAGACAUUUUGAAACAAAUUUCAGAUAUUAGUUCAGAGGUGCAAAAGGUACCUCUUGCUGAGAGCCUCAAGCCAGAAUACAGAGAGGAUAUUCAAGCCUCUAAAGAGCACCUAAAACGAAGCCUCGCUCUAGCAGCAGCAGCGGAACAUAGAUUAGAACAGAUGUAUACAUCCCAGUUAUUACCACUAGGUCGACGCCGUGGUGAAGUUGAUGACAUUGAAACUGUUAUUAACGUGCUGUAUUAUUCUAGAUCUAAGUUAUCUGAAUAUUUAGAUCUUAAAUAUGUCCCACCAGAGAUGAGAGAAAAAGCUACGACAGUACUCAAUACAUUGAAAAAAAUACUAUGUGUAAGUCAAAUAGAAACUCAAAACCUUAUUAGGAAGUUAUUAAACAAUAAUAUAAAAAUUUUAAACUUACUUGACAUUCCAUGACAAAGGUGAUUUAAGCAAACCGGGUAUUCACUCACAAGAG